ACACAAGGUCGGAAUGGGGCUUCCCCAGCUGAAUGCUGCAGCGUUUGAAGACUGUGUCGAUCAGCUAGCCCACACGCGUUCCGUUCGUACAACAGAGAACAUCACCUGGCAUCACAUCUAGAGGUGUUCCCACCCUAGGAUCGGAGAACUUUCGUUUUCUGUGCUUAUAAACCGUGUUUUGCUUUUUGUUUGUGUGUGGAAGCCCGAAGGAGUGUGGGUCGCUCUGAUAGCGAGUCAGUGACAGCAUCGCUUCCAAAUCUCCCAAAUUAGUCUCGCUCUUGGAUUCUUAAUGGAGCGCUUCACAAAGCUGCAGGAUCAACAAGAGGCUCCGGACUCAGGGUACUUGUCUGAGUUGCAGAGCAGCUCCGAUGUGGCGUCGUCAGCACUUUCGAUAGCUGCACCACAAGCUGCCGAGCCCAGUGGUGACUCCGGAAUCAAUUUGGACUACAGUCGCUCCCAGAGCUCGGAAGCUUGGAAGGAAAUUUACAAGCAGGACGAUAAUGGAGAUACUCAACUCCAUAUCCGAUUGGCGACGGUCGAUCACGAAAACCGGAAACAGCUUCCCGGCGUUCUUCUGGAAUACCUGAGGGCUACGCCGCAUCCAGAUCUCCUCGAAAUCACCAACGACUGGGGACAGACCGCUCUGCAUGUAGCUUGCGAGCACGAGGAUGUCACAUGUGCGCGAAUGCUCGUGUGCGCCGGAGCGAUCGCGAAUCGGGCGGACUCGAUGCUCUACACGCCUCUACACAUCGCUUCCGGGAAAGGCAAUCUGAUGCUCCUCAAAGCUCUCGUAGAUCCCAUAACUACAGAAGAAGUAUCCGACUUAGGAUUGACGCUAUACGGUGUAAGCCCGUCGGCGCCACGCACAAAACUCGCUGAGAUAUCGUCGUUGUGUUCGCGUGGGAUGACUCCCAUGCAUCUGGCGAUCACGUCAGGAAAUCGCCAAGUGCUCCAGGAGCUUUUGAAUCUUGCCAUUGAUUUCGACACUCGCGAACUUCUCGAGGGUCGCACAGCUCUCCAUCUCGCUGCAGAUCUCCGCAGACCAGACAUGCUGCGCUUGCUGCUCGAAUACGGAGCCGCAGUCGAUGGGACCGACUACAGCGGGCGGACGGCUCUCGCCCGGGUUCUCCAGCAGCGACCGAUCCAAGCUUGCGAAGAACUCGACCUUAUGGACUCGAUCCUGCGAGCGCAUGGGGCGCAGGAGCCUGAAGCUGACGACAUGGAGAGCGAUCCUGACGAUGACGACGAAGACGAGCGUCACCAAUGCAGUUUUCAAGAGUGUUCCAAAGUUGCCUGCUGCUAGUGAUGAAAAAAUCAGCGAGAAGAGUAGCUGAAAAAAAUUCGCCAUUUUGUGUAUCGACAACAUUGUCCAAAAAAUGCAAUAUCUACUUCGAUUGUUCUGGAUACGAGUAACCAGAAGGUACGUUUUGUAGAGCUGAUCUUCGAGCCACGAGCUCAGCACAAAAGGAGGGAAGCGAAAACCUACCACUGUUUUCGUAUCAGCACUUGUAACAAGAUGUCUCCGGUCACGCAUCUUGGACAGCGUGUCCAACUCCCGAUCCGCUUUCUUUCGAACUGUGUGUACUGCUCUGUACAGAAUCCUGUAUGGAAACCCACGUGGUAAUGGGGAUUUCAUUGUUGUUGAGAAACUUUUCCUACAGAUGUUGAGAUUUCACUUCUCUGAGGAUCCGACCGGAGCCAGCGUUUCUCAUGAAUUUCGCAUGGGAUCCUCGCGAGAUAUCGCUCGGGAGACCGCUCGGUAAUGAUCGGUGAGCGCGAUGAUACAGCUCCUUCAUCAUCACCAAGGACCGCCCCCUCUCCUGCGUGACGUGAGUUGGAUUCACAGAGCCAGCUUGAGGAGGUCCUGAUGAGUUCUGCCCAUGAGUGUCCCAGGGUGUGGAAAUCACACUCUGUCUACAUAUUUAUUUAAGAUCAUACAUUCACCUACAUAGCGUGAUGCCAUUGUCGUGUUCUGCUUUCGGAACAAGGAUCGCGGGUUUCAGCGGUGUAAAUUUGACAAAUACAAAAAUAGUGUUGGAAGACUAUCCUGGGCGACUUGCUGUGACCCAGCUUGGCCUACCGUACAGGAAGUUUGAACCAUCUCACAGAUUUACCCUGAGAUGCGAACGUCGGUACGAUUAGAGAAUUUCACAAGUGUGUUGAACGAGAACUCGAUAUCGGAUUGAAUAAAAACAGAAAGAGUGUUUUGCCAACGGAAACGAAA